CGAGACAAACGCAGCGUCGGCCAUUUUGUUAGAAAGAAGUGUGCUUCGCAGUCGAGAAGAUCCGAAAUUCGUAUGAAUUUCGGUACAAAACAGGCCAAUCAGUUGCAAACCAGUGCGAAAACGUGUGAUUGCGACUCUUUUGACCGAUUUCAGCAUACCGAAAAGAAUGGAGGAUAAGGCUAUGCUAAAAGAUUUAGACCAAUGGAUCGAGCAACUGAACGAGUGCAAACAAUUGACCGAAUCGCAAGUGAAAAUUCUGUGUGAUAAGGCAAAGGAAAUUCUAUCGAAGGAGUCUAACGUGCAGGAGGUGAAAUGUCCGGUUACAGUAUGCGGAGACGUACACGGUCAGUUCCACGAUCUGAUGGAGCUGUUUCGGAUAGGUGGACGAUCGCCGGACACUAACUAUCUGUUCAUGGGAGAUUACGUUGACCGUGGCUAUUAUUCGGUAGAAACCGUUACUUUGUUGGUGGCUUUGAAGGUCCGAUAUCGCGAAAGAAUUACGAUCCUGCGCGGCAAUCACGAGUCGCGGCAGAUUACGCAAGUGUACGGUUUCUACGACGAGUGUCUGCGAAAGUAUGGCAAUCCGAACGUAUGGAAGUUCUUUACGGAUUUGUUUGACUAUCUGCCUCUGACGGCUCUGGUCGACGGACAGAUCUUCUGCCUGCACGGAGGGCUCAGCCCUUCGAUUGAUACGCUUGAUCACAUUCGAGCACUCGAUAGACUUCAGGAGGUGCCACACGAAGGUCCGAUGUGUGAUCUGCUUUGGUCCGAUCCGGAUGACCGAGGUGGCUGGGGAAUUUCACCCCGAGGUGCAGGUUACACAUUUGGACAGGACAUUUCAGAACUGUUCAAUCACACAAACGGGCUAACAUUAGUAUCACGAGCACAUCAGUUAGUAAUGGAAGGAUAUAAUUGGUGCCACGAUCGCAAUGUUGUCACUAUUUUCUCUGCACCGAACUACUGCUACCGUUGUGGCAAUCAGGCAGCAUUGAUGGAACUGGACGAUGCACUCAAGUUUUCAUUCCUACAAUUUGAUCCAGCUCCACGCCGUGGCGAACCACAUGUGACCAGAAGAACGCCGGAUUAUUUCCUUUAAGAACAAUAUCCUUACUAUAUGAUGCUGAAAUAAUAGCACGAGUAAA